AUGCCAAUAUUUCGCAAUCAUAUCUACUUCGGGAUAGGAAACCCGAUAUCCGACGAUCCUCCGUUCGACAGAGACGACGAGAUAGCUCGAGAUCACGACAUCGCUUAUUGCAAGGCUAAGACCUUCGAUGAUAUCAAGAAUGCCGAUAGCAAAGCGAUCAGAGAGUUCUGGAUGGAUCUUCUGGAGACAAGCAACUGGCACAGUCUGGUUGGAGCGGUGGCUCUAGGAGUGAAGACGGGGGCGGAGAGGAUCGUAUGCCAUCCGAUAUAUCCGUGGAAGCCGGGGUCUUCUUGUCGCAGAAGAAUCCCUUCGGCCGUUGAUGGGUUAGGUAAUGUCGAGGAAGCAAGAGAACAGAAGAAAACUUCAGCUUCAUCUGUAGAAUAG